CUUUUAAAGUGAAUCUGUAGUGUUUUAUGUGAUUCUACCAUAGAGUGACUAUGAGAGACCAAUUAAAAGAAUCUACACGCCAUGUAAGUAUUAAAAAUUAAAUAAGAAGGUAUGGGUAUUAGACUAUAAGAAUCAAUUCUUUUUAUUUAUAAAAAUGUUCAGGAAAUCUUACCUAAAUGAAAUCAAAAUUUUUCUUAUUGACAUUACAUACCUAAAUAUAAUUUAUAUACAGGAUUAUUCCCGGGCAGUUUUUACUGGAACCUUCCCUGUUUGGCAAGAAUUUCUGUUAGUGAAAGAAAGUGUCUUUUGGAGUACAGUGCGUUUAUUCGAUUCUUUAUUACGAGGUUUCAGUCAAGCUGUACUCGCAAACAAUCCAAUUAGUGGAUUAUUGAUAACGAUUUCUUUAGGAGUUAGUGCACCAAAUACGUUACUCUUCUCAGCGAUCACUGGCUUUUUAGGUCUUCUAUUAUCUGUGCUGAUACGAGAUUCACAGGAAAACAUUGUUAAUGGGUUGACAGUGUUUAAUCCAUUAUUGGUUGGUGCAGUAUCCUCUAGAUUAUUACCAAACAUCUAUGGACCAUUUGAUAGUUUUAGUAUACUAUUGACGAUUCUGGGAACGAUAUUCAGGCAAUUAACGAUCAAUGUUUACAGUGUCUAUUUGGCCCGCUCUUUGAGAAACAAUAAGUUACCAUUCAUAGCAUGGCCGUUUAAUCUGACUGAAUUUGCGUUGCUCUUGGUCCUUUAUACCAAAGACAAUGGACAUGAUACGACGCAGAAACUGGAACCAGUUAUGAGAAUGGUAAUGGAGUUUGUUGUGAGCUUUAGCAUUGUCGCGAAAUGCAACUCUUUCAAUGCGAAUACUUGCGUAUAGAUAAACACACAUUCGGUUUUUUCGGCACCGGUGUUUCAAAUUUUUACAGUUCUGUUAAUAGCAAAUGUAAUCAUAAAAUUUUUAUUUAUUUAUCAGCUUACGUUUCUAAUAUGUUAUAUUAGAAGCCGUAACGUUAUUAUUUAUCACUUCGACCGAUUCGCACGUUCUUCAGCUGUUUGCGAUAUAAUAAAAAAGGUAUUGAUCAAGUGUAUGCACAGCACGUAUUACGAUAACAGCUAUUUCAAAAUUUUUUUUUUCAUAACAAAUUCAAGGUUAUCGCAAAUUUUCAAGAUAAAACCAUAAUACAGUAUAAUUUUUUCUCACUCUAUUAUAAAACAGUUAUUUAUUAGAUUUUACGAUGUGAUUUAUGA